AUGGGGUCCAAUCACCACAACCCUCCUGCGACCUGCCGCUCGUGGCAAGACGUGAACGAGCAGAUGCGGCAAUGGUACGACUCGGCCUACGAGCUGACACUGUGCUUUCCCGAUAUCGCCAACGAGCUCAUUGCGGCGGGCAUGCUCAAGCAACCUGACUGUACGAUAGCGCAGCUUCGGCUCGACCACGCCAGAGACUGGGAAACGACGGAGGUGUUGCACAUCAUACCGCGCGAUCUCUUGCGGUCCAUUAUCAAAGGAACUGUGGCAAUGGAUUUCGGACCGAACCGGCCUCACGACUACGACGAGGACUCUAACGAGGCAGGCAUCUACGUGAUUGCCGUCAGUGUCGACAGCCGCGACGGCAAGUUUCUAAACUGA